UGUAUAUUAGGUCCUUGUUUUGAUUGACAUAAACUACACUUUUAGUAAAGAAAUCAUGUAAAAGCCUUUUUUGUCAAUGAAAAACGCUGAGUUUUAUCAUUCGCAUCUUUUGUCUCUUCUGUUUUAAACUUCUUAAACAGGAAAUAGAUGUUGUGACGGAAUUACAUUUUACAGCCUUUUCUUUCCAGUGCUCUGCAAACUUUGAAAAAUGCUCUAAAACGAGACAUAUUCAGAAUAAAAGUCUAAUAUAAAUGUUGUUGAGCUUUCAAAUCAUCUCUUUACUUUCACUUAAAAAUGCUUAAAUGAAAAGAAACAAGAGAGAUAGCUCCGUGAGGGAAUUACAUCAUUUGUUUUCUUUCUUCUGUGGUAGGUUUUAUUGUUAUGUCUUUAUCGGUAAAAAGAUUUCUGUAAAUUUGAUUUGCAAUCGAGUGCCUUCUAGCAAACUAAGCAAAAAGAAUGGUGGGAGAAACGUUUUUGAUUUUCGUACAAUGGCUGCAAAAAAAGUACCAUUUCAAAAUCGACAACAACCGGAAAACACUUGUUUAGUGUGUAAAAUGCGUUUUUUAAGAUUGUUUUGACAAAGUCAAUAGUGCAUUUUGUAGAGAAUUUAAUUCUUUAUCCACUGAUAUACUUUUUGAAAUGUUUUUAAGGCUAAGUGGGUCAGAAAAUUGAAAUAAAAGAGCUUUCAAAUUUUAAAUUUGAAUUUUCGAUUCAAAUUUGAGUUUCAUUCGUUUUAAAGUUGAUAUUCAUAAUCAGCGCAAAAAUCUGCGCCUAGUAAUGUGGUCUUAAGGCUGAUUUGAGAAAAAACAUCGCUCAACUCACCACAGCUGAGGGUGAGUUUUACGCGUUUUAGCCGAUAUCCAGAAAUCAGAGAUACUUAACAUUGCGAGAAGUAAACUUGAGAAAAAUAAAAUGGUAAAAAAUCCACGUUUCUUCCGAGAGUUUUAAGUUUUAGGAAAAUCUGUCUGCAAUAAAGUUAAUUUCAGAUAAUUGUUUUCUUUGAUAGGCAAACAUUUGAAUAAAAAUAUGAAGAAAUAAACAAGUCUUAAAAAUGACCAUUGAAUGAGCAGGAAAGUUUAACCUCAUCUUAAUUUAUUUUGAAUAAUUUAUAAAUAUGUUUUCAGCUGCUGCUAGUUUCUUCAUUAAAUUAAUUUCGAUCAAUUGUAAAGCACUUCAUGCAAUCAAGCUCAUUUUGAACUACAGUCUGGCAUAUAAUAAGUUUUAGUGUUAAUCCUAUAAACGUGCUUUUCACGUUCUCAUGAGACUAAAAAAAUAUUUAAUGAUUGGAAAAAGAGUUUUCACAGGCGAUUUUCCUUCCUUGUCAAAGUUUGAGGACGUUGUAUGCCAUUCCAUGUACUCGACGUGUGCUAUUAGAAAAACAGGUGUUCGUCCUGAGUCAAGAACUUUCGGGAAAAAGUUUUUUUCCAGCGAAAAUACCACAGGAUUUUCGUUGGUUUCAAAAGUGUCUGAUCCAAGACAAAAAGCCUCUCUUUUUUUUUGUGAUAAUCUGUUUGUGUUUUUAACCCUUGGUCGGUUAGAAGUUUUACAGCUCUGCACAUAUAGAUCCUAAUCUGACGGUACCAGCUCAUGAAAGUAUUUGGCUAAAAAAUGAUGAAGAUGCUCACAAAAGAUCUGUCGGCUGGCAAACUGGAUCUUCACAGAUCUAGAAGGCCACCGUGCUCCGUUUUAAAAAAUUUUAAACGUGAUAUUCGUCAUAAGAAUCUCGAGUUAUUACUAGUCCUGUUACUCUCGGUUAAAGUCAAUAUAAGCGUGGUACGUUUUUCAACGAACAACCCACAUUUUCAGGAAAUUUUCCAUGGAUAUAAAAGUUGAAUGUAGAAACAACUAUUUCUCUAUUUCAGGGUACACCAGCCGCUGUUACUGAUGAUCAUCAACAACAUUUGUCAGUAAUGAAUGAAUUUUUAUUAAAUAAAACCUGGAAUCCAUCAAUAACAGUAGAUACAUCAAAUGGUCAAAAACUAUUAAAUAUGCUGUUGAAAUUUCCAUCAAUUAUUCUUCGUCCUGAUGAAGAAAUACACGUCGUAUUAAAUGGUUAUGAUUUACGUAUUGAAUAUAAUAUAAGUAAUGAUAAAAAUACAUUUACAUAUAGACAAGUGAAGCUACCAGCAAUGGCAUUAGUAGAUGAAUUAAAAUGUCAUUUUGAUGAUCAAGAUAUUUGUCUACAUAUUCAAGUACCAUUAAAAUGGACUUAA